AUGAAGAUGUACAAACUCAUGAAACUAAUAGUUCACGUAUUACUAUUGGUUUUAGCGUUGCAUGAGCACACCUCUAUCUCAGCCGUCCAUUUCAAACACAAUUCCAUCAGAGGAGUUGAGAUAGAUAUCCCAGUUUGGCGGCGAGAGCUUCGAAGCGGAGGAGGCGGUGGAGGAGGUCGUGGUGGUGGAGGCGGUGGAGGAGGCCGUGGUGGUGGUGGAGGCGGCAGCAGCGGUCGAGGCAGAGGUAGCGGUAGCACUGGGAAUGGAGGAUCUUCUAACAGCGGUGGCGGUGGCGGCCGUUCUGUAGGAAGCGGUGGUGGCUUCCUGAAACACCGUGGUCUUACCGGUGCUCUAAUAUCUAUCCUCUUCGUAAACUGUUUGAUUCUUAUACGUUAAAAUACGUAACUAUUUGUAUAUAUUAGUUUGAUGAUGAUGUCUUUAGUGCUGAAGUUUGAUUUAUUAUACAGUUAUACAGUUGUAAUUAUUUGGUCGUGCCUUCAACAUUCAAUUUCAGAUCAUAGAACAAAAGUU